AGCCUGUUGUGCAUUGAAGCAAAGGUUAUAAUAUCAGAUUGCCUUGAACAUUCCUUUGAAGUUCUAAGCUGUUAUUCUGCCACAGUCGAUUUCUUGUAUUUGUUUUCAAAGCGACGAAAUGUUUGUUGGUCUCUGUGGUGGCAUUUGUUCGGGGAAGAGGACCGUUGCCCAAUAUCUGAUUGAGCACCAUGGAUUCACUCGUUUGCGCCUGCAACACUUAGCAAACGAGCCUUUGACGGACGACAAGCACACCUUCCAUACCAUAGAUGAGUUGGUUAACUUUGUGACUACACAAUGGCAGCGCCGUUGGGUGACAACCGACAUUUACUGCGAGGCCGUCCUAGACAUUCUUGUCCGCCGACCCUUUUUCAUUCUCAUCAGCGUUGAUGCACCUGUAAAUGUUCGCUGGAAGCGUUUUCAAAAGCGAUUGAUCUCUUCUACUUCAUCUCCUCACUCGGAUGAUGAUCUCUCUCUGGAAGAUUUUGUUUUGAGGUCAGAUGAUCACCUGUUUAACUCAAAUGGUGGCUUGCUUCCACUCAUUUCACGGGCGACAAUCCGCCUUCUGAACACAUCGUCAGACUUGGCACAUCUCUAUGCCACUCUAGGGAAACUAGACUUGACAAAUAAAGACCGCCUGAGGCCUAGCUGGGACCAAUACUUCAUGCAGCUCGCAUCCCUCGCGGCUCAGAGGAGUAACUGCAUGAAACGCAGGGUUGGGUGUGUCUUGGUGAGAGAGAAGCGCGUCAUAAGCACUGGCUACAACGGCACGCCUCGAGGACUCAAGAACUGUGGUGAGGGUGGAUGCCCUAGGUGCAAUGACGCCCAAGGAUCUGGUGUCGGCUUGUCGACGUGUUUGUGCAUCCAUGCCGAGGAGAAUGCGUUGUUGGAGGCAGGGAGGGAGAGGAUCCGCGAAGGCGCUAUAUUGUACUGUGAUACAUGUCCCUGUUUGACAUGCAGCAUCAAAAUAGCCCAGGUUGGAAUCAGCGAGGUUGUUUAUAGUCAGGGGUAUAGCAUGGAUGGUCAAACAGCGGCCGUCUUCAGGGAGGCUGGAGUACAGCUACGACAGUUUUCGCCCCCGCCGAAUGGUCUAGUCCAUCUUGAGAAGCAAGCCAUUGCUUGAUGCGCAGGGCAGACAAGAACACUUAGCUAGUUUACUUUGUGCAUUAUGGUGGAAGUCAUGGCGCAGGACUUAUGGAAAUGGAUA